AUGUUGGAAAGGGGAAAGUCGGCGCCAGAUAAGCACACAUUCCCAUUAGUCUUGAAAGCUUGCGCUUAUAUAUUAACGGAAACAGAUUCAUUGUCAGGUUGUGAAACAUGGGCUUGGUGGAGAUGGAUAUGUGAACAACGGUUUAAUUCAUUUCUUUACUCGUCUAGUGUUAACAUCCUAUCACACGACAUUGAAGGAUUCCUAAGCUACCCGCUUAUGUCUCUCUACCGUCAAAAGUCUUGUUUCGUUAGACCUGUUCUGACAGAUGCUUGCAACCACCAAGGCAUAGUAAACAAAGGGCACCAGUAUUUUGAAACGAUGGUCAGAGAUUAUGGCAUUGAACCUGCACUGCAGGAGCAUUACGGUUGUAUCAUUGACCUUGUGGCCCGUGCAGGCUACAUUACCGAAGCUACUGAGUUGGUGACAAGUAUGCCGAUGAAACCAGAUGCAGUGAUCUGGAGAUGUCUCCUUGAUGCUUGUUGCAAAAACGGUGCUAGUGUGGAGCCAAGUGAAGAAAUUGCAACACGUUUAGUUGAAAGAAGGAAAGGUAAUCAAAGUUUCAGUGGCGCAUAUGUAGCUGUCUAUGCAUCGGCUAGCCAGUGGAACGAUGUUGGUAUUGUGAGAAAACUGAUAACUGAACAUGGAAUUAGAAAAGAGCCAGGAUGCAGUUCCAUUGAGAUAAAGACAUCUCAUGAGUUUUUCGCAGGAGACGCGUGGCAUCUUCAGACGAAACAGAUAUACCAACAGUUGAAAGUGAUUGAUGACAAGCUGACAUCCAUUGGUUAUUUACCUGAUCUCUAUCAAGCACCUUUAGUAGAUGCAAUCAACGAUGGAAGCAAAGAGUAUUCCCUCAGGCUGCACAGUGAGAGGCUCGCUAUUGCUUUUGGUCUGAUAAGCUUACCACCUCUCCGUGUAUUCAAGAAUCUACGCGUCUGCAUCGAUUGCCAUGAGGUUACUAAACUAGCCUCAGCUUCCACAAUUUGAUUUUUU